CUGUUUUUUUCCUUAUCUGACCACAAGUCUUGUCAUGUUAUCGUCUCAAAAACUCAGUCCAUAUACAUAAGUAUUUUAUAAAGUUGAAAACGGUUUCUGGUUCUCAAAAUAAAAUGUUAAUGACUUCCAAUUUAAAAUUUAUUAAAGGAGACUUGUGCGAGGGAGGUAAAAAGAACGGCGACAUUAAUCAAAACAUACGGCCAUGCCGUAUUUUCAUACUUUCGUCCAUUUAUAACAAAAAAAAACUACUCGACAUUAGACAAACAUUAUAAACGUGAUGUAGAGUCGAGGUUAGGAUAAAAGAAGGUUUAACACAACAGCGUAAACGCGAUAGACUUAAAUGAGGUCAUAAUACACCGCCUCCGCACAGUUGUUGGAACAGCCAACUAUUCGGUCGAGAGACAUCGGUGCGGAUAGACUACAUGUGUGACAACAAGGAACGGAGAAGGAGAGAAACCUAGUGCGGAUUUUAAUGCUGUGUGAACGGAAAAUAAGCUUUGAUGGAACACCUCGCUCAUCAGGGUCUUAAUCCCCAUGUACAGCGGGUCCUGAAAAACUUUCAAACGACUGCAAUGAGAAGUUUACAGGGACCAGGGCCGGGCGGCUUUCCGAGUCUGCUCUCGCCCUCCGACAUGGCUGAGCUCGAAGAGUAUCGUAAGGCCCUAGUAAAGAAACUUCCAUCGGACAAGGGUGUGGAUUUUGAAUCUCUGAGGGUACCCCCUCCCCCUUUCCCGGUUCAGCAGAUGCCGGUUUUUACCCCAGUGGACACACCGAGUAAAAGUGAAAAGAUUGAAACGUUACUCGAGGAAGAGAGGAUCGCCUGUUUUUUAGUAGGAGGUGAAAAGCGAUUGUGUUUACCACAGAUUCUCAAUACUGUUUUACGUGAGUUCAGCUUGCAACAAAUCAACGCGGUUUGUGACGAAUUACAUAUUUUUUGUUCGAGAUGUAAUCCUGAACAACUUCACAUUCUGAAGGUGACGGGGAUUUUGCCCCUAAACGCACCGAGUUGUGGACUUAUAACCAAAACCGAUGCUGAACGUCUUUGUAAUGCUUUACUUCAUAGAUCACCGGAAAAAUUCCACGAGCCCCCUUCACCAGAUAGCUUCAAAGUCUAUCACGAAUGUUUUGGAAAGUGCAAAGGCAUUUUUAACCCAGAGUUGUAUAGUAAUGCGGACGCUAGAUGUAUCCAGUGUGUGGAUUGUUUGGGAUCAUUUAGUACCCAGAAGUUUGUGUGUCAUUCUCACAAAGCCCUAGAAAAUAGGACUUGUCAUUGGGGUUUUGAUUCAGCUAAUUGGAGAUCCUAUCUCCUCCUCGCGAAAGAUCAGGACGGGAAGGAUAAAUUACAAGAUAUUCUUGAAAGAAUGAAAAUCAAGUUUGAUUCGGGGAACAAGUACAAGCGAAAACAGACAUGCGACAGUGAAACCUUGGACUUAAAGCGAGCGAAGAGUGAAGAUAGUGCUAGUUCAUCAAAUAGUGGAUCAUGGGUAGAGGCAGGGAUUCGUGGACUGUCCGCCUUCCGACCCUGGUCACCGAGCAUGCUCAUAGCUCUCAAGGAUGGGAAACUUUUACCUGCAGCUCCAGCUAUCAUGAGAGAAGGAUUAAGUGGCAUCCCUCCGCCGUAUCUGCAUACUGGUCCUCCUGUGUUACUUCAUCCAGAGAGAGUUAUCCCCCUUUCUGAAUCAUCUAGGUAUGAAAGAGGAUUUGCUCCAAAUGUAUCGCUGGCCCCAGCCUCACAGCAGAAGCUUGACCUUGACGAUGUAUCAGAAGAUGAGGAUACUCCGAUUCCAGACAGGAAGCCAACACCUGAGAAGACAACACUCUCAUCACAAAGCGUAGACAAGUCGUCAUCCGACUAUCGAGAGUGGGAUGUCCUAAGCGAGUCCGAGGAUUCUUCUCAGCUGUCUGAUGGAGAAGAAAAUCGUUCUACUCUAUCCCCAAAGUCAGCAAAGGUUGUGGAAGUGGAACUGGAAAUGGUCCAACAAGCUCUGAGUGGAAAAAUCGGAAGUUCUCAGGAAGACCAAGAGGACUUUCUGAAGGAAUUCUCAAAUUUAAGAGAAAAGCGGGAAGACCAGCUGAGCAGAUGUAUCCAAUCAAAAAAGUCUCUCAAACAGGAGUUAUCUGCCCUUAAGAUAUCAACAAGGGAAAAAUUGCAGCGACUAACCGAACAGAAUGAAAAGCUUGAAAAAGACAUGGAAAAGAUGCGAAUAGAAUCGGAAUGUCGUCUAGAGGAAGCACAGGAAGACAAGGAGAGAUUGUUGAAGGAAAUCAAACGUUUGCAAGGACAUGAUAACAUCGAGGCAGCUAAACUUCUGCAGAUGAAUCGAGAGAUCACAACACGACUCCAGCAAUAUGAAGCUACAUACACACAGGUGCGCUGUGAAAACCUGCUGAUGCAGGAAGAGUUACAGAGACUAGGCGUGCUUGUGCCAGAGCUCCUGUCAAAGAAAAAGUACAACGGGCAUUAUACACCCUCCAAGGGUUCAUCAGAGGGACAUUAUAGUCCCCCUAAAGGUUCCCCAGACACCUCUCCCACAGGUGCCACUGCACGACACCAUAGCAACCAAACAAUGUUCAUCAAGAAAGAACGGGAUACCUAACGAUAUGUCCUUCACAUGAGAAGGGGAGGUAACCCUCAUGAAACUUAUAUGUUGUGCUGUAGAAGACAUCUUUUCAUUAUCAAAUUUGAAAUUGGUACUUGUUGUGAUGUACAAAGCGGGGAGUAUUUUAGUACAAGCAGUACUGUAGUGUGUAUGGGCAUUAGACUGGAUCGUACAGCAGGAAAUAUUUACUGUUGUAUGGUGGAAUUUCCAGAUAACCACACGACGUAUAACCACGGGAGUUGUGUUUAGUGUACAACAGGAUUUGUGUGUCAACCAAACGUCGGCGAACAAAUACAGGAGUUGUGUAAUAAAUACAUAGAUAUAUAUAUAUAUAUAUAUAUAUACUGUUGGAUGUUGUACAAUUCUAUUGGCCAGUGAACCUAUAUUAAGGAUUAAAGGCAGUCUUUAAACGACUUACAUAUUAUGUCUGUAUUUGAUAUCAUCUACAUGUUCGAUUCAUUUAUGUGACAGUUUCAUACGUAAUUUAUGUGCAUUUUGCGACCCUUCUGCUUCCAGUGCAUAACCACGAUUACAGAGGUCAACCUCAAAAACAUUUCACAAGCUGGUGUGAAAAACUAUAGAACAAAUUUAGUAAAAUCAUGUAGGUAUAAGUAAUUUGUUCUUGUCCUGAUGUUUAACUCGCAAUUUCUUCCUGAUUUCAAGAAGGAACUGUGGGUUUUGUAUGGCUGUGAUGUUCAUCUGCUUGUAAACAGUGCUUGGUAGUGUAGUAUGUGUGUGUAGAUAUAAAUAUAUAUAUAUAACUUUAUGUACUGUAUUUUUUGUGAACAGUUAUCUCCCUUGGGAAGCUCUCCUCUGAUGGAAGGUGUGUAGCUCUCCUGUCUAACUCUUGUGAAAGAGUUUCUGUAGGGGAAUUUACUUCUACUGAUGACUGGAUCUCUAUUUUUUAAGAGAUCAUGUUUGGAAGUUUUCUUCCUCAUGAUGGAAAUCUUUUCCUGGGGUGAUUUUGUUUGUGUAUAUAUUUAACCAUAAAAUAUCCAUGAAUAUUGGUCGUGUAAAUAUUUACAAAUGAUAUAUUGAAAUCGUCUCUUUUGCCGAUGUUUUGUUUUAGUAAAAUUUUCAUUGUUUAGUGAAUAUUUGCUGUUUUAAUGAAAAUUAGAGAAAAUGUUUCAUUUUUUCUCUUUUUGAAAAAAUGAAAACUUCAAAAAGAUAACAAUGCUAUAUGCCCCAUUUGUUGAAUUGAUCAAGCAUCGAACCUAUAUUUGGUCAUUAGAGGUGUCAGGUAUAUAUAUAAGUACCAUGGAGAUCAAAACUACUGCUAAUGUAUGUUGACAAAUUCAUGUUACGUUUGAUGAAUAUUACAUCACUCGUUCUUAUCUUUGAUAAUUCCGUGCAGUAUUUGAGGAUUGUGUGUUGUCAUAUAUUAUUAUCAUCAUUAUUAUUACUAUACGAGAUUUAUGUGUACAAAUGGCAUUGAAUUGAUUGUGCUGUAAUCAUUACGGGUCCCUAGGCACAGUCUACUAUUUCAGGUUCUAGUCAGGAGAACACUGAUGAAGAGAAUUCAAAAUCCUCCCAAAUUGACAAUAUUGGAUUAGUACGUGAAUAAUACAACAAAAUUAAUUUAUUAAAAAAAAAAAAGAAAAUUAUUUUCAUGGAAAGUUGGAAAAUUGGCGUCUCCUCAUCAGUGUUAUGUGGCGAACCCUGAUUUAGUAACGACAAGUUACGACAAAAACUGAGGCUUUUUAGCGGUGCUAUCACUAUCUCAUCAUGGGUUGUCUCCCUUUAUCAGAUCUUUUCAUUCCUACCCAUUUGCAAUGAAAUAAUCCCAUUUUAGCGAUCAUAACAGCUAAUCCAUCAAAAUCAUUUGGUGGGACAUUGGUUGAAUGGUUUAUUGCAUCAGAUAUCAAAAUAUUUCAUAUUAUCAACAUGCAGGAAUGAAUUGAUUUGAAACAAGAGGGUUAAUUUUUCUAGCACUGGAACCAGCUCCGAUUAAGGAGAUGGACAGUGGGUUAUUAUUUUACUGUGUUUAUAUAUAGCAGAACAAAGGGGAAGCAGGAAUUACUUCCUCCUUAUCUAGGGGAUAACAAGUUACCUCCCUUGAUUUGGGGGUACUUACCCCCUAAUAUGGAGAUGAAAAUGACCUCCCCUUGGUAUGGGGAAUGAAAGAGUCAAUUUUACCUUAUCUGGGGGAUGAGUUACUUCCCCUUAAUCGGGGGAUGCAAGAGUUACUCCCCCUUUAUUAAUGGGAUGAAAGUUAUCUACCCUUAAUCUGGGAUAAAAUAAUUUCUUCCCCUUUAUUUUAGGGAUGAAAGUUAUCUCCCCCUUAUCUGGGUAUGAAAGAAUUACUUCCCCCUUAUGUGAGGGAUGAAAGUUAUCUCCCCUUAUUUGAGGGAUGAAAUUUUCUUCCCCAUGGCAGCAACUACAAUGAACUUCUCUUCCAUUGCAAGGCAGCUGGUUAACGAAGAGUCCUAUCAAAAUAAGAUCAGGGCAUUGAUCCCUGGAGAUUUUGAAUAACAAACUAAUUCAGCACAGUAAGCUGACUUGCAGUGUAGAGAAAGCCAAAUUCUAUGGAUGAAAUUUGUGCAACUUCUGUCAGCCAAUCAGAACGAGGAUUACAUAAGUAGUUUUAUCAAUUGCAAUACACCAACUGAUUGGUUGUUCAAAAGCAAACCAGGGUGAUAAUAGACUCAAGAAAUAUAUUUCUUUUUUAAUUUUUCAUUCAUGAAAUGAAAUUGUUUUUGUUAUUAUUUUUUGCAAUGAAGGAAGUUGUGUUUUGCAUGGACAAAACUUGCUAUUACAUCACUAGAAAGUAUUAGCUUUUUUAACUGUUAUCGAUCAUGCAUGCAUCCUGUUGGCCCGUACUACAACAACACAAGGGCACCUGUUGUGAUAUCUUACGACACCAAGCGCUGGAGGGGCUAUACUGUUACUCACGCUACCUGUUAUUCAAGUCUUGUGUCAAUCCACACCAUCGCAGAAAAAACAAUCUUCAUUCAGAUGGAUAUUAGACUAUGGCACAAGGUCAUAUAUAGGUCCUAUGCCGUUUCAGCUCACCGAGACUUGAGGACACCAGGUCUUGUCCAAAAUCAUUUUCCUUUAUGUUGUCUACAUUUCUUUCAAUGUUUACCUUGCAGAAUAUUUCUCUUUUCUUUUCUUGCACAGCGUAACGUUACUCAUAUCUAGGCUAUAACAUAUGUUGAACAUAGAAGUAAGUGUGUUUUUAACCAAAUAUUAUUUGAACUGAUCAAAUGGAAAAAAAAAAUAAAAUAUAGAGAUAAGAUAAAAAAAAAAUUUUUAUUGAUAGAUGCAGGUUUCAUCAGAUAAUACCAUUGUUUUGUGAGAUGGUACAGUAAUAUUUCUUGGUAAUAUUUGAGAAGGUACUCUUUAUUGAGACAGAUCUCCUGGUUUAUUAGUAUGGUAGUGUGACAUAUAGGAGCUCUGCUCAUAUUGAUUUCUUCUCUACAUGCUGGCUUGUCUGUUGGCUGGCUGGCGUUCAUACAAGGUUCUCCCGGAUCAAUACCAGUGUGACUCUGACACAAGACUUGCAAUAACUCCUGAGCGUUGAAGCUUUUGUUUUUUAUUAUUGUAUAUCUUAAAGUGCUUGUUGUGAGGGCUGAAUAUGAAUGCCCACCAUAUUAUAUUUAACUCAUCUCUAGAGGAGGAGGACUUUCACGUUCCAUAUACGUAGAUAUAAUUGUGUAAUUUAAUCACAUUUUAUCAUUAUCAUCAUCAUUAUCAUCAUCAUCAUCAUCAUAGAAUUGUCAUAGUCAGUUGUAUAUGUUUUCAAUUUCAGUGUAUACAUAUUCAAAAUAGAAAAAAAACCUGUUAACAGUUAACCAAUUUAUUGAAAUGUCUCUUCGUGACGUUUGUUAUCAAAUCACACAAAUUCAUUUUGACAUAGUUGAUACAUCAUGUUUUCCUGCUCCAAAUUCAACCAUAAUUACGAUUUUGACAUCACAACUCACUCCACCACCCCUGCAAAGAAUACAGCGACAAACAUAUAUAUACAAAGCUUGCAUACCUUCUAUUCAUGGAAACAGACAUUGUUUUGUUUGGAGAAGAAUGCUUUGUUUGUAUAUUCAUAUAAUUUGUUUCUUUUAAAUGUGUUUUGGAUCAUUGGCAUGUUGUUAAUAGGAACCAAAUCAAAAGACUUUAAAAAAAAUAAAAUGAGAUGUAGUUAUUCCCAGCACUUUUGCCUGAAAGUAGUUUAUUUACGUAUCAUACCCCGAACGCAUACCAGGAAAAAAAUGGCUAAGUGCAGGAGUAACUACAGUCACGCUAUAUAUAGGGCAUUUUUUCCUGUCAUAUGUUGCUUUAUAUUAAAGGCGAGGGUCGACGACCUCGCCCCGACUAGUGGAAGUCCAUAGAUAUAAUUAAUGUUUGCAAGGUUGUUUGUAAACUUGUGUGGCAUAAUUUCUUCAUUAUGGAAGUUCCUGGCGCAAAACGAAAUGCAAUAUUUGUAUAAAUAUAUGAAAAAUCUUUUCCUUUGACAAUUUUCAGUUUCAGACAUUAAAAAAUGCAGCUGGAAGAGCAAGCUGGUACAUUAUUUUGGAAAAUAUUGCUCUAAAUUGAAACAAUCUGAUUAAAAAGAGGUUUUGAGAAAAAAAUAGCAUUUUGAAAUUUCAUCGAAAGGAUGUUGUAUUUAAUAUUAUCACUAUCAAAAGUUUUAAAAGUAAAAUUUGACUGCUGAGACUUGAAAUAUCAGUGCGUCUGUACUUCUGUAUUGGUAGGGAUCGCCAUCUUGUUGUUACCCUUCUCCUGUGUGUGAUAUUCAUUUUGGAUCACUUCAAACUCAUGCUGUGUGGCCAGUUACUUGAUGGGUCUGUGUUUAGUAAAACUUGUACCCUGGAUUUAAAAAAAAUUCUAGCAUUAUGUUUAUUUUCAUUUCACUUGAAAGAAACUCGUCAUAAUAGAAAUUGGUAUCUGGGAGCUGAAGACAAAAGAUAAAUCUUGAUGAUGUUAUUUGUGAAAGGAAGGUAUGUGGAGUAUUAAACACAGACCCAUUAUCCACCUAUUUUAUGAUACUUGUGGCUUGAAUUUACGUUUUGUCUGUCCUGUCAUCGCAUUAUCAAACUUCACUGCAAGAUUUAUAUUUUUGUUUUGCGAUAAAUAUGCACUUUUAUUACUUGUUGCAGCAAGUUGUAUUGACAAAUAUUGAGGGAGAAAUUGUAUUUCUAAAAACAACAUGAAUUAAUUUUUUUUCUGAAAUUAAAUGUUAAUUGGUCAUUAUUGUAAAAUAGUUCCAAAUAUUUCCGUUUCAAAUAUCAACCUUGUAAAUUUGGUUAAUUUUUUUUAUGUAUUUGGUUAUUCGGUCAACAUUCACCAAUAUUUGUACAUUACAAGGUUAUUAUCAAAUUGUUUAAAAAUUUCACAAUUGAAAUAUAUUUCACACCUCAGACACAUUAUGAUCAACUUGUAUGCUGAUAUUUUGAUCUCUGCUGAAUUUUUAUUUUUUUUUCUUAGAUAAGUUGGUAUUAUUUUAAGUUAUGAUUGAUGUACAAUGCACCGUAAUAUUGAUUGCUUAUUGCACUGUUAAUGCUUUUUAUAUAGGUGAAUUUCACCAAUGACAUUUUUACCAAGAUGAGGUAAAUUAAAAGAUGAAAUGUAGAUCGAUGCUCCCGCCAUGACUUAGGGGUGGAGGAAGAUUUUAGUUUAUGUAUGUGUUGUCAAUUUUGUUGCCGAAAUUGUUGAUCUCUAGAUCGGAAAAGUUCGGCUUUUGAUUGUUGAAGAAUGAAUGAAAUUGUGAGGAGUUUUAUGGAAAUGUGUGUAAAUGGAAAUGUUGGCUAUUAGGAAAAUUGAUAUUGUAUGGCUUGUCUAAAAAUGGUUUAGUAGCAUAGACAAAAGUUUUGUUUCUUUCCCUCUGAAAACUAAGAUAAAGAGAAGGAAAUUGGAAUGUGUUAAGAAUUUGGUCGGUUGAACUAUUCAUUUAAUAUGUUGAUUUAAUAUAUUGUUUUUAAAAAAGAAAAUUCUGUAAAAAAUUUGGACAAGUUAAGCUGUAUCAUCAUAUACAUAUUUCAAAUUUCAAAUUCAUUAAGGUAGAAAGAUUGUAUGCAGGUAUUUGUAGAGUGAUCGGUGUGUACAAGGUCGCGGAAACUGUUUAUGAGAGCAGUUUAACAUAUCGUUUGUGUUUGUUGUAAGAAAGUGCGUGAACAUGGGUCCAUUCUGGAGAGAAAGUUGUGGCGGAGAAUUGAUGAGGACGAUCGGACAGAAUAUCUUCCUAAUGAAAGGUGAUUUAUUUGACACAGGGACUGGCCACGUUUUAUUUUACUAUGGGUCGACUGCUAUAAUAUAUGUAACAGUCAAUCCAUAGGAAACCAAAUGUUGACCGGCCCCUGUGGUAUGAGGUGUUUCCCGGUAUAACAUUUAGUGCCAUGUUUUCUGUUCAGAUCGAGGCUUCCCUUGGUUGCCAUGGUUACCGGUUAUCUCUAUAAUGCUGAGUAGAAUAGGGCUAGCUCUUUCCGGUGACGCAACUUUGUUAACUAUUUAUUUUGAAGAAUUACAUUUUUUCUUUCCUUGUAGUAAGAUUUUGUUUGUUUGACCCUAUGACCUUAGGUCAGAGGUCGGCUGAGGCGUCACUCAUGGUAAUUAUUACAAGCUGAUCGCAAGCGUAGUUGAUCCCCGGUGUUUUCCUGUUGUAAAUAAUAUUUCUUAAUUUUGUUUUAUUUUUUUAAACAAUAAUAAGCAUCUUUAGUACAUUGAAAGCACAGCGCACACACAUUCUCCUUUGUAUAGUUACACCCUGACAGGCUCCUGUUGCCGUUUGUAGAUUGUUACCGUGGUUACGUGUCUUUCCUCUGUUAUAGCGAUAUACCUCCACCUUAUAUAACCUUGUGAUUCCCGUAGACAGGUCUAUUGUCAGAAAAAAUGUGCUUUCCUUCUUUUUCUUCGUCUUUCCACCCGUAUGUGAUUACCUCAUUUUAUGUGACCAAUUGGAUCCAGUUAAAAUUGAAAAAAAAAAACCUAUUAAUUUCAUUGGUGCAUUUUAUAUUUAGCAGGUUUUUCAUCCAAACCCUAACCACAUAGAUUAUGUUCAAUCCAGAUGGGGUUGAAAAGAUAUCUCAUGACAAUUGAUGUUCAUUAUUUUUCAGAUAAUUUUCAUAUGGCCUUUCUGCGACAUUAAACCUCUAUAUUAGGCAGUGCAAUAUCAAUAUAUAUGUAUAUUUUGCGAUGUAUAUAUAUAUGCGAUGACAAAGGUCAACAUUGUUGUGUAAGCACCAUAUAUUUAACUGUAGUCUAAAACCUUGUGAACUGUGAAAGGUUGAUUCCAGAUUUCCCCCAUCUGGUAUAAAAAUAUUACCUUUGGAUGACUAUUGUUUUGCUAUUUAAAAUAAGAAAUUUUUAUAAGAAAUGCAUACGGUAGUGUUAACUGUUUAGUACAUUAAUAUAGUAAAAGUUGAACUUACCUGUGCAUAUCUUAAAACAGUGCUCUAUAUUUUCGUUUAUUAGUUUUGUUUUAAAUAUGUUAUGACUAAAAAGAAAGAGUUGGAAAAUUUUGAAUUUUUCAUUUGUAGAUAAAUUUAGAUUUUUCUGAAUCUGUCCGCAAGCUGCCUAUGUGUUAGGUAGAGUUCCCUAUAUCCAUGGCAACGCUGUCGGUGUGUGUUACAUGUUCCGUGUUAAAAGGUGUAUUUCGUUUGAUUUGUUAAAACUGGUAUAUGGACGCCAUGUUUUCCACGAAAACUGACAUUAUUUUAAAUAAAUUGCCUGUUAUGAAAAAUA